AUGAGUGUCGUCGGCGUAGAUUUCGGAACCCUCAAGACGGUUAUUGCCGUCGCUAGAAAUCGUGGUGUCGAUGUGAUCUGCAACGAGGUUUCUAACCGAGCCACACCGUCUGUGGUGGGCUUUGGGCCCAAGUCGCGAUACCUCGGCGAGAGUGCCAAGACGCAAGAAAUCUCCAACCUGAAGAACACCGUCUCCUCCAUCAAGCGGCUUGCCGGCCGCGCUUUUAACGACCCCGAUGCCCAGCUCGAGCAGCAGUACAUCACUGCUCCCCUCGUCGAUGUCAAUGGCCAGGUCGGCGUCGAGGUCAACUACCUUGGCAAGAAGGAGAAGUUCACCAACACCCAGCUGAUCGCGAUGUACCUCAGCAAGAUCAAGCAGACGACGCAGGCCGAGAUUAAGCUCCCGGUUUCUGAUUUGGUCAUGAGCGUCCCUGCUUGGUUCACCGACAUCCAGCGCCGCGCUAUCAUCGACGCCGCCGAGAUCGCCGGCCUGAAGCUCCUCCGCCUCAUGAACGACACUACCGCUGCCGCUCUGGGCUGGGGUAUCACCAAGCUCGACCUCCCCGCCCCCGAGGAGCCGCCCCGCCGCGUUGCCUUCAUCGACAUUGGCCACAGCAACUACACUGCUUCCAUCGUCGAGUUCAAGAAGGGCGAGCUCGCUGUCAAGGGCACUGCCUUCGACCGCCACUUUGGUGGCCGCGACUUUGACAAGGCUCUCGUCGAUCAUCUCGGCAAGGAGUUCAACGGCAAGUACAAGAUCGACAUCCACUCCAACGGCCGCGCCAUGGCUCGUACCAUCGCCGCCGCCGAGAAGUGCAAGAAGAUCCUGUCUGCCAACCAGCAGGCCCCCGUCAACAUCGAAUCCAUUAUGAACGACGUGGACGUUUCCGCAAUGAUCACCCGUCAGGAGUUUGAAGCCAUGGUUGAGCCCCUGCUGGCCCGCGUCCACGUGCCUCUUGAGCAGGCUCUGGCCGAGGCCAAGCUGACCAAGGAUGAUAUUGACGUCAUUGAGGUCAUUGGUGGUGGCACCCGUGUCCCCGCCCUCAAGGAGAGGAUCCAGGCUUUCUUCGGCAAGACCCUGUCCUUCACCCUGAACCAGGAUGAGGCUGUUGCUCGUGGCGCCGCUUUCAGCUGUGCCAUCCUGUCUCCCGUCUUCAGAGUCCGUGACUUCACUGUUCAAGACAUCAUGAGUUACCCCAUUGAGUUCACCUGGGAGAAGGCCCCCGAUAUCCCCGAUGAGGAUACUAGCCUGACCGUCUUCAACCGCGGCAACGUCUUGCCAUCCACCAAGAUUCUCACUUUCUACCGCAAGCAGCCCUUCGACCUCGAGGCUCGCUAUGCCAAGCCCCAGGAUCUCCCUGGCAAGAUUAACCCCUGGAUCGGUCGCUUCUCUGUCAAGGGCGUCAAGGCUGACGGCAAGGAUGACUUCAUGAUUUGCAAGCUCAAAGCGCGCGUCAACAUUCACGGUGUUCUCAACGUUGAGAGCGGCUACUACGUCGAGGACCAGGAGGUUGAGGAGGAGGUCAAGGAGGAGGAGAACGGAGAGAAGAAGGACCCUGAUGCCAUGGAGACCGAUAACAAGGAGGAAGCCCCCAAGAAGAUCCGCAAGGUUAAGAAGCAGGUCCGCAAGGGCGAUCUUCCUAUUGUCAGCGGCACCGCGUCUCUGUCCGACUCGGCGAGAACCUCGCUGCUUGAAAAGGAGUCUGCCAUGGUCAUGGAGGACAAGCUUGUUGCCGACACGGAGGAGAAGAAGAACGAGCUCGAGACCUUCAUCUACGACCUCCGCAACAAGCUCGACGACCAGUACGCCGAGUUCGCCAGCGACGAGGAGAAGACUAAGAUCAAGGAGAAGCUUGAGCAGACUGAGGACUGGCUGUACGAUGAGGGUGACGACACCACCAAGGCCGUUUACAUCGCCAAGAUUGACGAGAUCCGCGCGAUGGCUGGCCCCAUCAUCCAGCGCCACUUCGACAAGGUCGAAGAGGAUCGUCGCCUCGUCCAGGAGAGGGUAGACGCCGAGAAGGCUGCUAAGCGUGCUGAAGAGGAGGCUCGCAAGGCCGCCGAGGCGGAGAAGGCUUCCAAGGAUGAGGAGAUGACUGAUGCCGAUGGCAAGAAGCCCGAGGGCGAGGAGGCUGGCGAGGCCACGAAAUAA